UGAGCCCUUUGACUAUAAAAGUGUGAGCGUUCGUAUCUUUCAAUAUUCUUUUUCAAUAAUUUAUUCAUAAGAAGGAGUAUAUAGUACAGUGCAGUAAAAAUCGAGAAAAAAAGUUACUGUGAUGAAACUGUACCUGCUUGUAGCCGUAGGGCUUACUUUUGUUUCCACAUCCUUUUCAGGCACUGCUCUUUCAAGAAGAAAGAGAAGUAUCGCAAUAACUGACAACAACCAAACCACAUAUAUUGAGCUACUGAAAGGACGAGAUGGUCGUGGUGGUCUACCAGGGCUACCAGGUAGAGACGGACUGUCUGGAAGCAAGGGAGAUACUGGAUUGGUAGGGAAGACUGGAGAUCAGGGACCACCUGGACCGGUUAGCGGAGGAGUGGUCUACACUCGCUGGGGCAAGCGUACCUGUCCUAGCAUAUCUGGUACUAGCAUGCUGUAUUCUGGAAUAGCUGGUGGAACACAUCACACUCACGGAGGAGGAGGUGGAAAUUAUCUCUGCAUGCCAGAGGACCCGGAAUACAUCCUGCCCAGUAGAUCUGGUGUUCAAGGGCAUGCAUACGUUCAUGGUGGGGUUUAUGGAGACCCUAUCCAAGGAGACCAGCUUCAUAAAAUUCCUUGUGCUGUAUGUGAAGUCUCCACCCGUGUUAUGAAGCUGAUGAUCCCAGCUAAAGCAACCUGCCCGUCAUCAUGGACACUCGAAUAUCGUGGAUACAUCAUGACUAUGUACACAAUGUACGGAAAACUUGUAGGUGAUGGUCGUGGUACAUUUGAAUGUGUUGACGAGGAUCAAGAAUCUCUUCCUGGAAGUGAAACCCCUGAUGAUUUUAUUUUUGGACUCACUCACGUCGAGGCUGGGUGUGGUACACUGCCCUGUCCUCCUUACAACUCAACUAAAGAGCUGAACUGUGUGAUAUGCACCAAAUAACUAUAACUUCCAAACUUGAAGACUAACAGUACUGUAUUUGUUAUUAUCAUAAUUAUUAACGUGUUAGUAUGUGACGCUAGAACAUUGAAACGGUACACUAGUUCAUUCGGAUGGAUGUGAAAACUAUAGAUUUGUACACUGUAUUAACUUUUUGUAAGUAAUUAUAAUUAAAUUUCAUA